CGAGCCGCGAAGACAGCGCGGACUGAGGAGAUGGAGGGCCACGGGGUGCCGUGGGGCAGCGGGCCCGUCUCGGGUCCGGGCCCGGGAGGCGGCGGAAUGAUUCGCGAGCUGUGCCGGGGCUUCGGUCGCUACCGCCGCUACCUGGGGAGGCUGAAGCAGAACCUGCACGAAACCCAGAAGUUCUUCCGCGACAUCAAGUGCUCCCACAACCACAGUUGUCCCUCCUCCCCCACGGGCGGCGCCGAGCCCGGUUUGCAGGCGGGCCAGAUGAGCUGCAUUUCCUUCCCACCUAAGGAGGAGAAGUACCUCCAGCAGAUUGUGGACUGCCUUCCCUGCAUAUUGAUCCUGGGCCAGGAUUGCAGUGUCAAGUGCCAGCUGUUGAAUCUGCUCUUGGGGGUGCAGGUGCUUCCCACCACCAAGUUGGGCAGUGAGGAGAACUGUAAACUUCGGCGCCUCCGCUUCACCUAUGGAACUCAGACUCGGGUCAGCUCCACGCCCCCUGGACAGUAUAAAUCAGUGCACACGCUGGUCGCUCACCAAGGCAACUGGGAGACCAUCCCCGAGGAGGAUCUGGAGAUUCAAGAGGACAGUGAGGAUGCUGCUCAUGUUUUAGCCGAACUGGAGGUGAUGAUGCACCAUACUCUUUUACAGGAAGUGGACAUUGUGGUAGCACCAUGCCAAGGCCUCCGGCCUACAGUGAAUGUUCUGGGAGACCUGGUGAAUGAUUUCUUGCCUGUGAUAACCUAUGCACUCCAUGAAGAUGAACUCUCUGAGAGGGAUGAGCAAGAGCUUCAGGAAAUCCGAAAGUAUUUCUCUGUUCCCAUAUUCUUUUUUAAAGUGCCAAAGCUGGGCUCGGAGAUAAUAGACUCCUCCACCAGGAGAACAGAGAGUGAAAGAUUACCACUUUAUCGCCAGCUAAUUGACCUGGGCUAUCUGAGCAGCAGUCACUGGAACUUUGUGGCUCCUGGCCAGGACACUAAAGCUCAGAGCAUGCUGGUGGAACAAAGUGAGAAGUUGAGACACUUGAGCACGUUUUCUCACCAGGUGCUACAGUCUCGCCUGGUAGAUGCAGCCAAGGCCCUGAAUCUGGUGCACUGUCAUUGCCUCGACAUCUUUAUUAACCAGGCCUUUGACAUGCAGCGGGACCUGCAGAUUACUCCCAAACGUCUGGAAUAUACUAGAAAAAAGGAGAAUGAGUUGUAUGAGUCAUUAAUGAAUAUUGCUAAUCGAAAGCAGGAGGAAAUGAAGGAUAUGAUUGUUGAGACACUUAAUACCAUGAAAGAGGAACUUCUGGAUGAUGCUACCAACAUGGAGUUUAAAGAUGUCAUUGUCCCUGAGAAUGGAGAACCAGUGGGCACCAGAGAGAUCAAAUGCUGCAUCCGGCAGAUCCAAGAACUCAUCAUCUCCCAGCUUAAUCAGGCAGUGGCUAACAAGCUGAUCAGCUCAGUGGAUUACUUACGUGAGAGCUUUGUUGGAACCCUGGAACGGUGUCUGCAGAGCUUGGAGAAGUCUCAGGAUGUCUCAGUUCACAUCACCAGUAAUUAUCUCAAACAGAUCUUAAAUGCCGCCUAUCAUGUUGAAGUCACAUUUCACUCAGGGUCCUCGGUUACAAGGAUGCUGUGGGAGCAAAUCAAGCAGAUCAUCCAGCGUAUCACAUGGGUGAGCCCACCUGCUAUCACACUAGAAUGGAAAAGGAAGGUGGCCCAGGAAGCCAUUGAGAGCCUCAGUGCCUCCAAGUUGGCCAAGAGUAUUUGCAGCCAAUUCCGGACUCGGCUCAAUAGUUCUCAUGAGGCUUUUGCAGCCUCCUUGCGGCAGCUGGAAGCUGGCCACUCAGGCCGACUGGAGAAGACUGAAGAUCUAUGGCUGAAGGUUCGGAAAGAUCAUGCCCCCCGCCUGGCCCGUCUUUCUCUGGAGAGCCGUUCUUUACAAGAUGUCUUGCUGCAUCGUAAACCUAAACUGGGACAGGAACUGGGCCGUGGCCAGUAUGGUGUGGUAUACCUGUGUGACAACUGGGGGGGACACUUCCCUUGUGCCCUCAAGUCAGUUGUCCCUCCAGAUGAGAAGCACUGGAAUGAUCUGGCUUUGGAGUUUCACUACAUGAGGUCUCUGCCGAAGCAUGAGCGACUGGUGGAUCUCCAUGGUUCAGUCAUUGACUACAGCUAUGGUGGUGGCUCCAGCACUGCUGUGCUACUCAUUAUGGAGCGGCUACACCGGGACCUCUACACAGGGCUGAAGGCUGGGCUGACCCUGGAGACACGUUUGCAGAUAGCACUAGAUGUGGUAGAGGGGAUCCGCUUCCUGCACAGCCAAGGACUUGUCCAUCGUGAUGUCAAACUGAAAAAUGUGCUGCUGGACAAGCAGAACCGUGCCAAGAUCACUGACUUAGGAUUUUGCAAACCGGAGGCCAUGAUGUCAGGCAGCAUUGUGGGGACACCAAUCCAUAUGGCCCCUGAACUUUUCACAGGGAAGUAUGAUAAUUCCGUGGAUGUCUACGCUUUUGGGAUUCUUUUUUGGUAUAUCUGCUCAGGCUCUGUCAAGCUUCCUGAGGCAUUUGAGAGGUGUGCUAGCAAAGACCAUCUUUGGAACAAUGUGCGGAGAGGGGCCCGUCCAGAACGUCUUCCUGUGUUUGAUGAGGAGUGCUGGCAGUUGAUGGAAGCCUGUUGGGAUGGAGACCCCUCUCAGAGGCCUCUCUUGGGCAUUGUCCAGCCCAUGCUCCAGGGGAUCAUGGACCGGCUAUGCAAGUCAAAUUCUGAGCAGCCAAACAGAGGACUAGAUGAUUCUACUUGAAAGCAAAUACCUUUCUCUUUCACUCUCUAUUUCUUUCCUUCCCCUCACCUUUUGCCUGUGGGGAGAAUUUGACAUUUAUUCAUUAUAGGGAGCUCCUGAGAGAACUGGUACUUGCUGGGCAACUUGAGACCUUCCCAGGCAGAGAUGACUCCUGGACAGUGAAGAGUUGGAUGGCUGUUUGAACAUAUUUGGCAGUUCACUGAAGCCCCAAGCUAUCCCUUUAGCAAAAGAUUGUCUAAGACAUGUGUAGAAGCUGAAAAAUGUGAUGUUCUGGCCUCACAACUGAAAAGGAGGCAAAUGGUACCAUUAUCUAUUCAGUGUUUAUGUUUCUAAGACAAGUGGGACACUGCUGUGGCAAUAGUAUUAGAAACUAUCACUUGUCAUGAUUUUGGCUCUAGCUAGAAAUAGUUUGAUUCUACCCAGUGGCUGGGAUCCUUAGAAAAUUUGAGCUUAGUUCUGGGAUUGUGAAAAAUGGGCAUAAAAAAAUAACUUGUGGAUGCCUGGUUCCUGUUUUCUGCAACCAGGUAUCUCAGGCUACAUUGGUCAGAAGCCUUGGUGAGGUAGCUAGAAACAAAACUGUCUGUUCCUUACAGCACCAGUGUGUUUACAUUUAGAGGACCAUAUUUCCCUGGUUUCUAGGGAGGGUUUCACUGUUACAUCACCAAGAGGCCAAAAAAAAAAAGAAAAGAAAAUGAAAAAAUGUGUGUAUAUAUGUAUAUGUAUAUAUAUAAGCCAUUGGAUUUUGAGUUACUGCUAACCCCAGAACAGAAUCUCUGUUCUACCCUUGUGUCUUUUUUUUUUUACUCCUUCUUUCUGUCUCAAGAUGGGAAAACUCCAGACAACAUGGUACUUAGGAGUGAAUGUUUGAGCAAAACCAACCCAGCGUGAAGUAUUUGGGUGAGACCUGAGAAGUGGGAAAUGAUUCAGAGGCCGUGGCCCACAUACAAACCUUCUGGACAGAUAUUAGCUGAUUUUUUUUAAAAAAAUCAGAAACUCUUCUUUUUCUGUUUCAAUAUAACACACUGAUGUUUUCAAGAUUUGAUCAAUGAGUUUUUUAAUCAAGAUUUCUUUUGCAUUUAACUUUUUCCUUUAUUUUAAAUAUUAAUCUGUUAGAAGGAAAGAAAGGACCAGAGGAAAGAGAAAAACACUCCUCUGACAGUUGUGUGUGUGUGCACCUCACCGCUGGGCCUGGGAAGCUUUCUUGAAGUUGGGAGGUGGGGUGCUGGUCUUUUGGAGAGUUUCUCAUGAAGCGUACAUGAGGAGAAAUGAUUCCAGUCAGAGGAAGGGAAACAAUUUAAACAUUGGUGCAUCUCAGAUCUGGACUUUAGGCCUUCCUCAACCAAACUGGUCCAUUAUGUUCAGAAAAAUAGGUAGGUGAGGGAAUAGACAGUGGAGGUGAGUAGCCUCCAUCCAUCUGCCCAAUCCCCAUGUCGUCUAGCCCCCGUGCCCGGCCCCAAAGUCUGUGCAACAGGUCCCCAAGUCAGUGUAUAAGAUAAGUGGCACAUUUGCUGCUGAGAUUUUCUCAGGUUGUUUGAGACAAACGACCAUCUCUUGAAUAUUUAGAGUCUAUAAUAAAUUUUUCAUAUAACUUUUAAAGUUCAGUUUUAACUCUUUGGCUAUUCUGGCCUAUGAUUAUCAUAUGCACUGUAUCCCCUCAGAAACUCCAUGCAGUGCUAAAAAGAAGCCUUUUUUCCCCCCCAAUUUUUUUUUUUUCUUUUUUUGGUGGCUGGCUGAAAAAAAAUCCUUUUUACUUACAAAAUAAAGUAACUGACCCAGUGUCUUUUGAGUUCUGUAGGUUCUAGCCUUGUUUUGGUAAUGUUCAGUAUAUCUCUUAGAAUUUUUUUUUAAUCACUUAUUUAGCUAUACUUCAGGUUACUGUGUUCUUCUCAGCAUUAAUUCAUUGCCCUUCUGGGGACUAUGAUGGGGCUACCAGGAAGCCAGGUGUCAAGUUAAGAAAGGAGAGUUGAGGAGUCUGCUUGCUGAAAAAUCAUUGCUAAGUCUGUUCUGUAUGAAAUUUCAGGAAAGGUCUUUAAUAGUUCUCUUUUCCAGACUAUCUUUUAACUCUAGCUAUAAUCAGGAGUCUGUACUUCCAUUAUGGAGACCACAUUCCUAACAUUCAUUGGAAGUCUUAGCUCACCCCCAUUCAUACAAGGGAGGUUAGAUUUUUCCCUACCCUAAGUCCCUUUUCAGUUUAUCCCCUGUGGGCUCUUCUGCUCUCAGAUAACAUCUUUCUAAGGAGCUGGCUGGAUAGCUCAAUUGGUUAGAACGCCAAGGGUUCAGAUCCUGACACUGGCCAGCUGCCGAAAAAAAAGUUUUCUAGCAAAUUCUCAACAUUUUUUUGCCUAGUAGGGAGGAAGAGAGGGACUAAUGUAAGUAAGGAGAUGAGUAUUUGUGUUACAGUUCAUUAAAAAAAGUACUCUGAGAAAAGGUGCAAAAUAUUCCUUAGUCUCUAGGCCCGCCAAAGUCCACAUAUGGAUAUUUGGGGGUGUUAUUUAAAUACUCAGCAGGCUGAGUGCGGGACAUGUAUAUAAAGUGUAUACUUUGCUUUUGUUUAUAACAUUGUCAGCUAAUUUUGUGUUCUUUGUUCUUGGCACCCAUUAUUACUAAAGUGAUGGAAUGCCAUGAAAUGUACUGUAUUGUAUGUUACUAGGGAAGACACUAGGUAUUCAAAGGAGUCGGGCAAUACUUGGGCUGUAGAGAGCUCAGCAUGGCCAAAGUCCUGAAGAUUUUACCUCCCAAGUUUGGUUGUAUAUGGUCCCAGGUGGUGAGGUAAGAUUGUAGCUGGGAGAAGAAGAAGAUGGCAUGAAGGAAUUACCCUUACUGUGUUCUAUCCUUGUAAUCAACUUUAUUAGGGUAGUUUACCCUAGCAUGAAAAUGAUGACCUGGCCAUUUUUAAUGAGCUUGAAGUCUGGUCAUUUUUUUCAGAACUGAGAGGCCUUCCUGCAGAGCAAUCAGAAGAAAUGGUGGAGCCUGGGGCCCUGGAAUGGCAGACUCUCUGCCUAGAGAGCUAGCCACAGGGUCACUCAGGCAAGAUUGAAGAAUGCUUGUCUGGGCAAGGCUUCCACAGGCAUGUCCUAGUUCCCUGAUCCUCUGCAGAAAGAGGCUCAUUGAUUGAGCAUCUUUCACCUCUGUGAGAAGGAGAACUCUGCUGGCUGUUCCCAGACCAAAGAAAGUCAGUUUUGACUCCAUCAACUUGAAGGGGACAGAGCCUAGGCAGCAGUUUCUCCUAAUUUUUAACACUAAAAUGGAAGAAAGGAUGCGUUACUACCCUGACAAAUAGGGGAGUGACAGAACUCUUGACUAGUACCUGUCAGCUCUCAAAUGCAUUUUUUCUUUGCUCGAGCUGCCAAAGAAAGUUUGGAGAAUGUUUUUUUCUGAUGAGAGAAGUCGCUCAGGGUGGCAGGGCUGUGAAGUGACAACUGCACUCAACGACACUUUAUUUUGGGGCUUAUUAUUUAGCACUAAGAAGCCCAGGAGGAUUGGUGAUUAAAGUAGCACUUUGGGAAAGUGAGGCACUCUCUGGCCUUGCUUUGGAGAGAUGGCAUACUUGGUAUUACAUUUUGCUAAUCAGGAAAUCUCCAAAAUCCAUUUUGCAUCAGAGUGGGAAUAACAGCCUUGGAAGAGUCCAUUGCCAAAAGAAUAGUUGCUUUCUUUAUUUUCAAAGCUUGUUUUUGAGAUUUGCUGGAUCAAAUAACCUACUUUUUCUUUAAAAGAAAAAGGGUUUAUUCUUCUAAAUAUGGGGGUGGAAUGGAGUAGAGCUAGUGCAUUGUUAAAGUGAGUAAGGAGGGAGUGACCCUUGUAUUGCAAACUCCCCUGGAGGUUUCAAGUAGCACUCCUGUUCUUAAAAUGGUUUUAUUUUUAACUUCAUCUGCUUCGGUAACAUCCAGUCCAUUUGAGGUGAUCACAGAGACUAUGUGAAAACACCUGGCAUUAGAGAGGCCACCUUGUCCAGAGGGUUGAAAAGAAAAUUGGUCUAGACAGCCUGUUGUCUUUUGUCUUUAUGUAAUGUUCUUUAUUUGUUUUAAAGGACUAAUGUUUAUUACAGUGUUCAAUAAAAGUAUAACAUACUAGGUGUGUAGAAUAAAAGUGCAAUAACAAAAGAAAAUUACUUUGGCACAAACUUCAGUCUUUAUACUCUCUCCUUCCUUGUGCUCCCUGGCUCUUUCCAUAAUAUUGUUACAGCAGGACUGUGUUAAUUGUGUAUAUUUUUAAGAGAGUAACUCUGGGUUAAGUCUUCAUUUGGUGUAAAUGGUUGGGUUUGGUUUUCUAGAGAAUUCUGUAUACUUGCUGGGAUGAUGCACAAAUACCAGAUGUGCUGUAUA